AUGAGCACCGACGCCCAGGAGCUGGUGCGCCAGCUCACGGAAAACCCAGAGGUUCUGGAGAGCAUGCAGCACAUGAUCUCUCUACUGCGUGCCAAUCCUCCGCGUAUCUCCGGCAGCAACAACGGUGGAGGUCUUGGCAACGCGGAGACUAACGGCCCUGAGAGAGGUGCACCGCAGUGUGUGCGACCACCGCGCCGCGGAUAUGGCGCUGACGUUGAUUGCGAUCACCACCAGCCCACAACCAGGCGGAAGCUGCGCAGCAGUGAUGGCACCGCCCACAGCGCCACUUCCCUGUCUGCGUCGUCGUUGACGCAGGAGGCGCACUCCUUCUAUGGUGACGACAGGGUUGGUGCGCGCACCACCGUCAGUGAUCACAACGGCACCACCGGCGGCGCCUCUUCGCCUACGCCAAGCUUCGUCAGCACAGGAUCCCGCGCAGCGCCUCAGGUGGUCACUGCGGCCUCACGGCACGCGCCGCGCCGCUCCUCGCUUCUCCCGAGCCCGCACGAGCAUCGCCCCACCACAGCUCCCGAUGAGCAGCUGAUGGCCACCGCCAACAAGCUGACGGAGGCGCAGCGGCGCAUUGCAGAACUGGAGAAGGAGCUCCAGCGCACCACGCAGCGGGUGGACCAGUUGUCCGAUGUGGUGCAGCGGCAGAAGGACGAGCUACAGGCCGCGAAGGAUCGACAUGCGCUAGAGAUGGAGGAAACACGACACGCCUACAACGCCGUGAUUCACCGCAAAGACGAGGUGCAAGAGGAGGCGCUGCGCCAGCUGCUCAAAUCCCGCCAGCUGAUGGUGUCGGCAGCCAGGUACGAGGCCGUCGUGGCGGCGAAGAAGCUUCACGCUCAGCGGUUGGAAAAGGAGAACAACACCGGCGCCGAUGAUGCGAUGGGAAGCCCGAAGGGGCUAGCAGGCGUACAGGCAAGCGCGAACCCCAACGAGCGCGGCACUCACCCCGGGCUGGCGCCAAGUCAGACAUCAGUGAACGCGCGGCACUCUUCGACGCUCGGCUACGGGUCGGGCACGACAGCCAAGUACAGCAGCGCUCUAAAGCGUGACCGCCAGAAUGACGAGGGGGACCUUGUUGACGAUGCCGGCGUCGAGACUGGCGCACACGAGCCUGGUGAGGCGCGAUACGGGGAAGCAGCUCACCACCAUCCGCCAGUGAAGCGCACCACGUUGGACACGUCUCGUCUGCAGGGCAGCGCCGAUCGUGUCGUGCAAGGACGGAGGGGCGUUGCGGCGACCAAGGCGGAGACGUCUCCGGCGUACAUCACCACCCCCACGCCGGCCGGCAAGGCGUCCACCGCGCUCGUCGGCACGCGCACUCAGUCAAGCAGCGCGCGCAAGCGCCGCACCCCGCGCACGCCGAGCCGCACCAACGCUGAACGCAUCGCCGGGUCGGUGGCAGAGAACAGAAUCCGCUCGCAACAGCGCCUGCCUGGGACAACGUCGCUGAAGAUCGAAAGUCCCACGCCUGUGGUGAGCACCGCGUGGACGGCGGACCGUUCUCUCACGGGCAGUCGUACGCCGCCGCCGUCCAGCGCUGGCGUGUGCACGGUGUCCGAGGCAGUGACCAAGCAUCAUCAACUUUACCCCCAGCAGCAAGUGCAUCAAGUUCCGUCCACGAGACCGCCGCUCAUGCAGCGUGCAGCGGGUCGUCUUCCUCCAGCUCCGCACCGCACCGCGGCUGCCUCGACGGCGGUGCCCAACACGCGAAGUGGUACCUCUUCCAUUGCCUCCGGUGGCCCGACGCGGUCACCGUCGCCUGUGAACCCGAAGCGUGGCGCCAUGCUGCCGCGCCGCUUCAUCUUCACAGGUCUGAAAGACCAUGAGCCUCAGCGGCUGGUUAGCGCAAUAGCCGCGGUCGGCGAGGAUGCCGCGGCACUGGCGAGCGACCUCGAUGAGCCGCCGCCAAGCAGCACGACUCACAUUGUGCUGCGCGGGACGCCGCGUAGCGUCAAAGCCCUCUGCGGGGUGGUAUCGGGCAAGUGGCUUGUCUCUCCCGAAUACGUGUACAACAGCCAGCAAAGCGGCUUCUGGCUAGACGAGCUCGAGGAGGGCGGUCUGCGCAUCUUUCCGCCGCCGCUAAAGUGCCAGCGUUUUCUUCUGACGGUGGAGCACCCAGGCAUCCGGGCGAAACUGGCGCAGGUGAUCGAGUACGGCGGUGGCGAGGUUUUGGCAAGCGGCAGUGACAAGCGUGGCCCUGGCGCCGGCGACACUGUGGCGCAGGACGUGGUCGUGAUCACCUCUGGUGAUGACCUCUUGCGAUAUGCGACGCAAGACCGCGUGUAA